AUGGCUGUACGUACACAAUUUGAAAGCAGUAAUGAUAUUGGUGUUUUUGCUCGCAUAACAAACGCUUAUUGUCUUGUCGGUAUUGGUGGAUCAGAAAAUUUCUAUUCAACAUUUGAAAGUGAACUCAGUGAUCAUAUUCCUGUUAUUCAUUCAUCAGUUGGUGAUUGUCGUAUUGUUGGUCGUUUAACAGUUGGAAAUCGUCAUGGUCUUCUUGUACCAUCAUCAACAACUGAUCAAGAAUUACAACAUAUUCGUAAUUCUUUACCAGAUAAUGUUCGUUUAAAACGUUGUGAAGAACGUUUAUCUGCAUUAGGAAAUGUUAUUGCAUGUAAUGAUUAUGUUGCAUUAAUACAUCCUGAUUUAGAUAAAGAAACUGAACAAAUUUUAACUGAUACACUUAAUGUUGAAUGUUUUCGACAAACAAUAGCUGAUCGUGUUCUUGUUGGUAGUUAUUCAGUAUUUACAAAUCAAGGUGGUCUUGUACAUCCAAAGACAUCUAUACAAGAACAAGAAGAAUUAUCAUCAUUAUUACAAGUACCACUUGUUGCUGGCACAGUUAAUCGUGGUAGUGAUGUUAUUGGUGCUGGACUUUUAGUUAAUGAUUGGAUUGGUUUUUGUGGAUUAGAUACAACAGCACAUGAAAUAAGUGUUAUUGAAAGUGUAUUUAAAUUGGGACAACAUAAUUUAACUGGUGCUACAACAACAAAUAAUAAAACAAUAAAAGAUGCACUUAUUAUAUAUAUAUAUAUAAGCGUGGCGAAAACAUCUCGAAUUUUACUUGAAUGUAGUAAAAUUGGUCGAUGGUUAUUAUUAAUUUAUAGUCAUGGACUAUUUUAUAUACUUUCAACAAUAACAUCACUUAAUCCAUAUAUUUAUUUACUUUUAAUAUGGAUUUUUAUUCAAUAUCAAUUAGCAAUUUUUCUUGUUACAGCUAUUCUACCAGUUACAUUAAUAACAAAAAAUAAUAAAUGUCCUAUAUGUUUAUUACAUUUUUCUGAUCGAUUUCAUCAUUGUUUUUUUGUUAAUCGUUGUAUUGCCACGUGUAAUGUACAUUGUUUUCUUUCGUUUACAUUCUAUGCAACAAUAUCAACAUUUAUAUGUUUUUUUAUAUUUCUAAAUGAAUUUUUUUAUGUCAAACCUAUUAGUUUUUAUUGUCUUUUACCAUUUGGAGAAUUUUUAUGUAAAAAUUUAACAUGGAAACAAAGUGGCUUAGUUAUGCUUACUCGAUCAACAAUAAUGGCAGCUGGAAGUGCUGGAGUAAUGGGUUGCUAUGUAGCUAAAGAAUUUUAUUAUGAUAAAACAGAUAAAACACGAUCGUUAUGGCGUGAAAUUUUAAAAAUUUUAUUACCAGCUUUGAGUAUUAUUCGACGUGUUUAA